AUGACGGCAAUCCUCUCGCGCAUAACUGCGCGCCCGCCUCCGCAUCUGCAUCUGGACCUCCAUCUCCGUCUCCAACCACGACAUCUCCAACUGCAAACAAAGCUACAUUCUCGCUACUCCUCCUCCUCGCGCAAACUCCCCAACAUACCCAUAUUCCAAGCAAUCAAGGACCAUGAUCCGAGCAGUCUAGCUGUAAUCCACAGCAUUUCCGGCCGCACCUUCACCUACGGAAAUCUGAUCGGCGAUGUCCUCCGCGCACGCGAAGAUCUGCGCCGCAAAGCCGGGUCCAGCUUGACCGGCGAGCGCGUCGGCUUUUUAGCUGAAAAUAGUUACGAUUAUGUUGUAACAAUGCUAUCAAUCUUCGCCAGCAACGCAAUCGCCCUCCCACUCUCCCCCGCAUUCCCAACCAGCGAGUUGCAAUAUAUAAUGGACAAUUCGUCCGCAAAAGUCCUUCUCGCCACGGAAAAAUAUGCCGAGAAAGCAGACCAGGUGCUUGUCUCGGGAUUGGCCCGCGAGCCGGUCUUUGAUAUUCGCUCCAAGCUGACUACCGGUGCUGACCCGAGUGAAUCAGCCCAGCUGGAAUUGGAGCCGCUGUCCGAGGAAGAUAAAUUAGACCCGACUGUUUCUGGAAUGAUGCUUUAUACUUCUGGAACUACGAAUCGGCCGAAAGGCGUCCUAAUCCCCUCCUCCGCCCUCGCCGCCCAAGCACACUCCCUCCUCCAAGCAUGGAACUACACACCACAAGACCGCCUCCUCCACCUCCUCCCCCUCCACCACAUCCACGGCGUCGUAAACGCAAUAAUCACCCCCGUCUUCGCCGGCUCAUCCUUCGAAUUCAUGUACCCUUUCAACACAGCCGCAGUCUGGAAUCGCCUCGCCUCACCAUUCCUCCAGCCAACCGACAAAACCACCACCGCAAAGGAAAAAAUAACCUUCCUGACCGCUGUCCCAACAGUCUACAACCGCCUAAUGACCUCCUACCCAACCCAACCAGCCCCAAUCCAAAAAGCCGCCAAAGAAGCCAUCUCCCCUUCAAACCUCCGCCUCAACAUCUCCGGCUCCGCAGCCCUACCCACGCCCACAAAAAGUAAAUGGACAGAACUAAGCAACGGCAACGUCCUCCUCGAACGCUUCGGAAUGACAGAGGUAGGCAUGGCACUGAGCUGCGGUCUAAACAAGACCGACCGCAUAGACGGAAGCGUGGGGUGGGCACUCCCAGGCGUAGAAGCGCGCCUCGUCGACACAGAAACCAACCAAGUCAUCCCUGCCGAAGUUGAAGUCGAUAGUGCCGGGAAACCAGUCGAGGGCGAGAUCCAACUGCGUGGCGAGACGAUAUUCCACUCAUACUGGGGUAACGAGGGCGCUACGCGGGAGAGUUUCGUCGAGGACGGUGACGGUGGUAAGUCCUGGUUUAAGACGGGCGAUGUUGCUAGUCGGAGGGUUGUGCCCGGGGCUGGGGAGGGGGCCAGUGGGGGGUGGGCUAGGGGACCGAUGUAUUUUAUUUCUGGACGGAAGAGUGUUGAUAUCAUUAAGAGUGGUGGGGAGAAGAUCAGUGCACUUGAGGUGGAGAGGGAGUUACUUUCUUUACCCCAAAUCGCCGAAGCAGCUGUCCUGGGUCUUCCGCAUGAAACAUGGGGUCAGAAGAUUGCUGCUGUGGUGGUGUUGAAUCCAGACGCGGCGAGCAGUGGGCGGAAUGGGAAGUCUUGGGGUCCGAUGGAUAUGCGGAGGGCGUUGAAGGAUCGGUUGGCUGGGUAUAAGAUUCCGCAGGAGAUGAGGGUUUUGGAGAGUAUUCCCAGGAAUGCGAUGGGGAAGGUUAAUAAGAAGGCGUUGAUCAAGGAGGUUUUUGGGUGA